AUGCCAGAGCUGUGCGAUGGGCGUCUUGAUGAACUCCUGAAAGAAGCGGCUAGUCGCCUCGCGACGAAGCAGCCGCCACGGCCCAAGGAUUGCACCUUGACUGCUAUGAAGGCCGCACCUGCCAAUCCAACACUGGAUUCAAAGGUGCAAGCCAAGGCACAAGGCCCGAAGAGUGCUAUGCUUCGCGAUCCUAGGCCAGCGGAGAAAAAGACUGCCAAAGACAAUGCCGGCCCAGGCUGGUUUGGCAUUCCCAAGACAGAUCCCAACGAUCCCGAGCUGAAGCGAGACCUUCAGAUUCUUCACAUGAGAGGAACCGCCAUCGACUCCAAGCGACACUACAAGAAGGAAUCCCUCAAGGCCAAGGUACCUCGAUACGCUCAUGUUGGACGCAUUGUCGAGGGCCCGACCGAGUUCUACAGCGCUCGCUUGACACGCAAGGAGAGAAAGCAGACCCUGGUGGAUGAGUUGUUGAGCGCAGAAAAGGCGUCGGGCAAAUUCAGAUCCAAAUAUGAGGCGAUUCAGACGAAGAAGGCAAGUGGCAAAAAGGCCUUUUACAAAAAACUGGUUGAGCGCCGCCGGCGCAGUCGCCAGUAG